AUGCAGUCACAACAAGGACUGAUGCAAAGCCAUCGGAUGCCUAUCGGUCAGUAUGAGCAGGCCGCUGGUUUCGGUCAGAGACAGCAACAAAUGACACAAGGAUAUCCUCAGGAAGUCCCUGAAAGCCCAGGUGUAAUGCAAAUGCAACAGCAGCAUAUGAUUCCUCCAAAUGUUGGACAAGUCGAUGGUACAUCCGCUGUGUACGCCAGACAGCAGCAGAUGGUGGAUCAACAACAGCAGCAACAGAUAAUAAGUCAGCAGCAACAACAACAACAAUUGAUGAAUCAACAAGUUGGUUUCCAUCCUUUUUUGGUUGAUUUUUUUCCUUUUCUCGAUAAAGCAGGUGCUUUUUUUGAAAAGAUGGUUCAUUUUAUCGUCUUGUGUCAUCUGUUUUAAAA